AUGCCCACUUCCCCAGCAGAAAAGCGCAUCUACCGCGUUCGCUUCGCGAAUGCGACGCGUGGGAUCGGCCUACGCUCCGUGGCUGAAUCCGAGGCCGUCAGAGGUGGUGACGAGACGCACGCUUUGAAAUGGGUUGGCGUCGGACGAGGUCGGUACGGGAACCUCGUCCUUACGAAUGACGCACAGAGCGAUGAGGUGUACGCCGAACAGGUCGCUCAGAUCAAGAAGAAUCGGAGGUUCGGUCCCGGCGCGGGAACGGUGCGCGAUUGGUCCCAGAUCAAGGUUGAUUAA